AAAUCUAUUCUAUCUCUAACCUAUUUCUCUCUUCUUAUACUCUUCCUCACAUCUUUCUCUCUUCUCUAUUUCUUCUCUAAACCAAACACACCUUAUAGAAUAUCUAUACGAUGGUAUUCGUAUAUGAGUGAUGUAAUGUUGAGUUAUUAUUGGGUUAAAUGUUGUAACUUAAGGAAAAUCUGAUCUUGUGGCUCAAGAUAUAGGACAUGUGUCUUGAUAUUAAAAAAAAGAAGAUAUAGGACAUAUGUGAUCACUGAUCAUGAUGGCCAUCUUCCUUUACACUUAUAAAUACAUGCUAAUUUGCCUAGUUUGUGCAUAAGCUCUUUAUUAAUUAAUGGAUUAACAAAAAAAAAAAACUCUAGUAAUUGGACAUAGCUAACAUGGUUGCAAAAGACAAGUAUAGAUCAAUUUUGCAAGAUGAAGCUGAGAACAUCCAGUGGAGACAUGGUGGCCCUCCCACCUAUGAUCUUGUCAAUCAACUUUUUGAAGAAGGAAGGACCAAAGAAUGGCCAGAAGGAUCAUUAGAGGAAACUGUGCAAAAUGCUAUUAAGUCAUGGGAGAUGGAGCUUUCACACAAGAUCUGUUUGCAAGAUUUCAAGACCAUAGUCCCUGAAAAAUUCAAGCUCUUUGUUAAUGGCAGGGAGGGGUUAACUGCAGAAGAAACUCUAAGCUUAGGAAGUUAUAAUGCAUUGUUGAAAAGUUCUCUUCCAGAAAAUUUCAAGCCAUACAAGGCAAAUGAAGAGACUUUUGAGUCAUCUCAUGAAGUAUUCAAAUCAGCUUUUCCAAGAGGAUUUGCUUGGGAAGUGAUUAAAGUAUACACUGGACCACCUGAAAUUGCUUUCAAGUUUAGGCAUUGGGGCUUCUUUGAAGGUCCUUUUAAGGGACAUGCCCCUACUGGGAACAUGGUUCAAUUCUUUGGCUUGGGAACUCUCAAGGUGGAUGAUGCUUUGAAGGUUGAAGAGGUGGAGAUUUACUAUGACCCAGCAGAGUUGCUUGCAGGCCUUCUAUCAAGUGGAGACAGUAGCAACAAAAUUUCAGCUUGUCCUUUCUCCAAUUAAUGAGUUUUUUUUUACUAUAAAGUUACAAAUGAACCUUUGAUGUAGUUGUAUUUCUAGAAUAUAUCAAUGGGGCAAAGGUGGUUAAACUAUUUCUAUUUUGUGAUAAAUAAACGUUGGCUGGUAUAACAAUUAUUUCAGUAUAUAUAAAAGUAUAUGAAGGACUGUUUAGCUCAGUUGAUAAGAA